AUGGUGACUCCCACAAUUAAGGAAAGGAUCAUCAAGCAGUCAUUUGCGGUUAUGAAAAAUUUAAACGAAAUACAAGCAAACUGUGGGUGCAUAAAGCACGUGUACACGUUAAUACGAGGUCACGUGAUGCCCUGCGGCUCAGUGCGUUGGAGUGAGGCAUCUCGAUUGCUUCCACAAACCAACACAAACAAUGAUUUAGUGACAUUUCUUGAGAAAAAUUUGGUAGAGACAUUCACAUUUGAUGCUCUAGAUAAGUACCAAAGAUCUUUUGUGCAUUACACUGCAAUGGCCAAUUGCAUUGAUCUCUUGCGCUACUUGAUUCAAAAUGGUGCAUCAGUACAUGACCGUGAUAUGUGGGGCCGGACUCCUCUCACCUAUGCGGCUGAGAACGCCUCACUUGAUGCCAUGAAAUUGUUGUUAGCGAUGGGAGCCGAAGUCAACGCUUUAGACGACGACGAUACAUCCCUACCCCCUUCAACACCUCUAGAUUACCUGCUCAUUAACGUAGAUAUAACAAACGAACUGCCGGACGAGUUUGCUGCUACGGCAGAGUAUUUAAUUGCUGCAGGUGGAGUGUCCGUGUCUUUUAAAGCUUACCGUGACGGACCGCGGAUCUUUCAAAUCGUCGAAAGAAAGCUAGUUUGGCGUAUGAUUUUUCAAUUCUAUCACAUGCUUACUACCGUUGAACCGGGAAAAUUUUGA